GCCGAAGGCAUCCAGCCCUUGGAAGGCGCCCAAAAAGCCAUUCCGUCCCAUGGCUAAUGUGACCGAGUGCGGUGUGAGUCCCAAGUGGGUUGAAGCAAGAUGAAGACGCGCUGCAUCUUCCAGCGCGUCAAUCCGUCCUCUCCGCACUCCCGCCCGCGCUGCACUUGCGCCUGGCGCCUGGGUCCAUCAUGUCACCAACACGUGGAAGGUGGAGGUGUCGGCGGGAUCAAACCAAAUGCUCCCGGCGGGCGUAAAGUCGAGCGCGACGCUGGCCACGCGCGUCGUCGACGACGCAACGAAGCUGGACAUUCCUACAGCUUCCAUCACAACUCUCACCUCCUCUACACUAAAACCGCGCUCCCACUUUACACAAAUACAGCGCGAUGGCCGCCUCCAUGUACCAGCGCGACCCCCGCGCCGGCCUCUUCCUCGGAGGCUCGCGAGUGAGCGGCGCCGAGGUGCGCGACCAGAAUGUCAUGUCGUGCCAGUCGGUUUCAAACAUUUUGAAGUCGUCGCUCGGCCCUGUCGGCCUUGACAAGAUGCUUGUUGACAAUGUCGGCGACGUUACGAUCACAAAUGACGGCGCGACCAUCCUUUCCCUCCUCGAGGUAUCGCACCCCUCGGCGCGCAUCCUCGUCUCUCUUGCGACUCAGCAGGACAAGGAGGUUGGCGACGGUACCACUUCGGUCGUUCUCCUCGCUUCAGAGCUCCUGAGGCGAGCAAACGAGUUGGUGCGCAACAAGAUUCACCCCACCACUGUCAUUGCUGGGUACCGUCUUGCAUGCAAGGAGGCGUGCCGCUUCAUGGCCGAGCAGAUGUCUACAAAGGUCGACAAGCUCGGCAGAGAGGCCCUCAUCAACGUCGCUAAGACGUCAAUGAGCUCCAAGAUCCUUGCGGCCGAUGACGAUUUCUUUGCGCCCCUCGCCGUCGACGCUAUGCUCGCGGUGCAGACGAUUAACGGCCGUGGCGAGAAGAAGUAUCCCGUCAAGGCUGUUAAUGUGCUCAAGGCCCACGGCAAGAGCGCGCGGGAGUCGUUCGCGGUCAAGGGCUACGCCCUCAACUGCACCGUUGCCAGCCAGGCCAUGAAGACGCGCAUCCAGGGUGCCAAGAUCGCAUGUCUCGACAUGAACCUUGCCAAGCAGCGCAUGCAUCUGGGGGUGCACAUCACCAUUGACGACCCAUCUCAGCUUGAGGCUAUCCGCGCCCGCGAGUCCGAGAUCACGCUGGAGCGUGUCCGCAAGAUUCUCGCGUCCGGCGCCAACGUCAUCCUCACGACGAAGGGUAUCGACGACCUUGUGCUCAAGGAGUUUGUGGAGGCAGGAGCCAUGGCCGUGCGCCGGUGUCGCAAGGAGGACCUGAGGCGUAUUGCCAAGGCAACGGGAGCGCAGCUUGUGUCUUCGCUGUCGAACUUGGAGGGCGAGGAAACGUUUGAGGCGUCGUCUCUCGGUUACGCGGAAGAGGUGGUGCAGGAGCGCAUUAGUGACGAUGAGCUCAUCCUCGUGCGCGGCACCAAGGUGGUCAACUCUUCCUCGAUUAUCCUGCGCGGCGCGAACGACUACAUGCUCGACGAGAUGGAGCGUGCCCUGCACGACGCACUUUCCAUUAUCAAGCGCACGCUUGAGAGCGGUAGUGUCGUGCCAGGCGGUGGUGCGGUGGAGACCGCCCUCUCCAUUUACUUGGAGAACUUUGCCACAACUCUCGGGUCUCGGGAGCAGCUCGCCAUUGCCGAGUUUGCUGCCGCGCUUUUGACAAUUCCCAAGACGCUAGCCAUGAACGCGGCCAAAGACUCGACCGAUCUCGUCGCCAAGCUGCGCGCGUACCACAACGCUGCGCAGUCGUCGGCUCCGGGUGACCCCAAGCGCCAGCUCAUGUUCUAUGGCCUCGACUUGCUGAAUGGCGAAGUCAUCGACAACCGUGCCGCUGGCGUUCUCGAGCCCACAAUGUCCAAGAUCAAGAGUCUGAAGUCGGCGCUGGAGGCAGCCACGUCGCUGCUCCGCAUCGACGACAGCAUCACUGUUACUCCCGAGCAGCCCCGCGAGGACCCCCACGACCACAUGUAGAUCGGGUAGAUCAGGAGAUCAUACGGCAGC